CCAUCGAAGAAACCCUCGCCAGUCGCCACCAACAAUAACCCAAAAAUAAUCGACCCUCGGCGGGAGGGAGGGAGGAUCAUCAGGAGAGAUUAAAGUCGAAGGUCAUCGAUUCAGAUCCACAGAAAUUAGGGUUUUUCUUCAAAUCCUUCAACAAUCCAGAGUUUUGGUUUCAUCAUCAAAACCUAAAAGAACAAGAAAGAAAAAAGGGGUGAUAAAAUCUGAGCAGCGAAGAUGAGGAUUAUGAUAAAGGGAGGUGUUUGGAAGAACACCGAGGAUGAGAUCCUCAAGGCUGCUGUUAUGAAGUAUGGUAAGAACCAAUGGGCUCGUAUCUCUUCCUUACUUGUUCGCAAAUCGGCUAAACAGUGUAAAGCUCGGUGGUACGAGUGGCUCGAUCCUUCUAUUAAAAAGACUGAGUGGACCAGAGAAGAAGAUGAGAAGCUGCUUCAUCUUGCUAAGCUAAUGCCUACUCAAUGGAGAACAAUUGCUCCAAUUGUGGGCCGUACUCCGUCUCAGUGCCUUGAGCGUUAUGAAAAACUCCUUGAUGCAGCUUGUGCAAAGGAUGAAAAUUAUGAACCUGGUGAUGAUCCACGGAAAUUGCGUCCUGGAGAGAUUGAUCCAAACCCAGAAUCAAAGCCUGCUCGGCCAGAUCCUGUUGAUAUGGAUGAAGAUGAAAAAGAAAUGCUUUCAGAAGCACGGGCUCGUUUAGCAAAUACCAGAGGCAAAAAGGCAAAAAGGAAGGCCCGGGAGAAGCAGCUUGAAGAGGCUAGAAGGCUUGCUUCUUUGCAGAAGAGGAGAGAACUUAAGGCAGCUGGAAUUGAUAAUAGGCAUAGGAAGAGGAAAAGGAAGGGGAUUGACUACAAUGCUGAGAUCCCUUUUGAAAAGAGGCCUCCUCCUGGCUUUUAUGAUGUGACUGAUGAAAGUUCAAUAGUUGAACAGCCUAAAUUCCCAACCACCAUUGAGGAACUGGAAGGUGAAAGAAGGGCUGAUAAGGAGGCCCGAUUGAGAAAGCAAGACAUUGCAAAGAACAAAAUUGCACAAAGACAGGAUGCUCCAUCGGCUAUACUUCAAGCCAACAAGAUGAAUGAUCCAGAGACCGUUAGAAAAAGGCCAAAAAUGAAUCUCCCCACACCACAAAUUCCAGAUUAUGAAUUAGAGCAUAUUGCAAAAUUCGGCCUUCCAGCUUUGACUGACGAACUCUCAGAAGGAAGUGGUGCCACUCGUGCUCUCCUUGCUGAUUAUACCCAAACACCUCGUCAAGGAAUGACCCCAUUAAGAACCCCACAGAGAACUCCAGCAGGGAAGCAAGAUGCUAUUAUGAUGGAGGCAGAGAAUCAGGCCAGGUUACGACUAUCUCAGACACCAUUACUUGGAGGUGAAAAUCCAGAUUUGCACCCUUCAGAUUUUUCAGGUGUCACUCCUAAGAAAAAGGAUAUUCAAACACCAAACCCCAUGUUGACACCAUCGGCAACUCCUGGUGGCGUGAGUCUUACUCCCAGAAUAGGAAUGACACCUUCAAGAGAUGGCCAUGCUUUUGGUGUCACUCCCAAAGGAACUCCCAUAAGGGAUGAGCUACACAUUAAUGAAGAGAUGGAAAUGCAUGAUAGUGCUAAACUUGAGCUCCGGAGGCAAGCUGAUAUGAGAAGGAAUUUGCGUUCCGGUUUGACUGGUCUUCCACAGCCCAAAAAUGAGUAUCAGAUAGUUGUUCAACCAGCUCCAGAAGAUAAUGAAGAACAAGAGGCGAAGAUAGAAGAGGAUAUGUCUGACAGGAUGGCUAGGGAGAAGGCUGAAGAAGAAGCUAGGCAACAGGCAUUACUUAAAAAAAGGUCAAAAGUACUGCAAAGGGAGCUCCCUAGGCCUCCUGUUGGCUCGUUGGACCUGAUAAAGAACUCUUUAAUAAGAGCUGAUGAAGACAAGAGCUCUUUCGUUCCUCCUACUUUGAUCGAACAGGCUGAUGAGAUGAUAAGAAAGGAGCUUUUGUCCUUGCUGGAACAUGAUAAUGUGAAGUAUCCUCUUGAUGAGAAGCUGGAGAAGGAUAAAAAGAAAGGAAGCAAGCGUGCUGGUGGAAAAUCUGUUUCCAUCCCUGCCAUAGAAGAAUUUGAUGAGGAUGAACUGAAAGAGGCUGAUCAAAUGAUUAAAGAAGAGGCAAAAUUCUUGUGCGAGGCUAUGGGCCAUAAGGACGAGGAUCUUGAUGAAUUUAUUGAAGCACACCGGACAUGCUUAAAUGACAUUAUGUACUUCCCCACCCGCAACGGGUAUGGUCUCUCUAGCGUUGCUGGAAACAUGGAGAAGCUUGCUGCAUUCCAGGAGGAAUUUGAGAAUGUGAAAAAGAGAAUGGACGAUGAUACAAGGAAAGCACAACGUCUUGAGCAAAAGAUAAAGCUUCUUACAAACGGCUAUCAGAUGCGAGCUGCAAAAAUAUGGUCACAAGUAGAGGCGACCUUCAAGCAGAUGGACACAGCUGGAACAGAGUAUGAGUGCUUUCAAGCAUUACAAAGACAAGAACAGUUGGCAGCAUCAAACCGUAUUAAUAGCAUCUGGGAAGAUGUUCAAAAGCAAAAAGAAUUAGAGAAAACCUUACAGAAUCGAUAUGGUGAUCUGCUCGUAGAGAAAGAAAGGAUCUACAAUCUGAUGGAGAAGUAUAGACAAGAAGCAAAAAUACAAGAAGAAAUGGCAGAAAAGCAACGCAUGCUCCAGCUGGCUGAGGCCGAGGCUGCAGCAGCAAAUGAAGAAGAGACAAAAAUGGCCGAAGCCGAGUCAGAGCCACAGGUUGAGGAAGCAAACCAGGUUGCUGAUACGAGUGAAACGGCUAAAGUGAAUGAUGAAUCUUCUAAUGAACAGAGGGAUGUACCAUCGGAAGCAGCACAAAGUACAAACAAUCAGCAGACAACAGAUCAUCAGGAACUUGAGGAACCUAUGGCAGUCGAACCAAGUCAUGAUUCAAGCACACAAAUCAAUGCCUCAGAAGUAAGUUCACAACCCACCGUUGAAGGUCAUGUAGACCAUCCUGCCAUUGAAAGCAACAGUGUGGCUGCUGAUGCCACUCAAACAGUUGAAGGUCAAGUAGACCAUCCUGCCAUUGAAAGCAACAGUGUGGCUGCUGAUGCCACUCAAACAGUUGAAUCAAAUUCUGAAACUAUUGAGCCCAAAAACCCAAUUGUAGAUGAGAGUUAAGGCGAGCUAAUUGGGUAUCUGAUCUUGCAUCCAUGCCUGGAAAGAAGACAAGGAAAAAACGAAUAAGAAAUCUGAAUCUCUUCGCCCAUUUUAACCGAAUGCAGGAUUUCUAACGGUCGUUUCAAGCAAUGCAUCGACUACAAAGAUCUGGUUUUGUGGGUGGGCACUUAUUGAUUUUACAAGGCCUUGCCUGUUGAAGAGGAAUGUAUCGAGUUAUUUGUACUUUGUUUUCUGUAACAUGCUAUAUAUGUUUUGUGACGAUGAACUGCUUGGCUCUGAAUGCUUUGCAGAUCUGCAUUCGUUUACUUGCCGGAGGAUGUUUUCGUUUAGUAGUAAGGUUUUAUUGAUGGAAUUUGUUGAUUAAAACGUUCUUUCUUGAUGGUGGUAUUACUAUGGUUUGACUUGAUGA